AUGCAGCAAUUACGGACGAAGCGGGACUACCUACCCCUCGACCCUGAUACGCCAAUUCCCUCAAUUGAAGCAGGGGUUGAGAGAUGCGGAAUCAAACGCAGGAAAUUGUCGUUCUCCAAUACAGAAAAACCACCACCUCGGGCGCGGACUCCCAUAUUUCAUGAAUUCGGAGUUCUUGUUGGGUACUGGUAUGCGGAUUCUACUGGACGAGGGCGACGCCCAGUAUAUUGCCUGAUGGAUGAUUUUGAAUAUGUCUACUUUGAUGAUGGAAAGCUGGUGCUGGUCCGCUGGAUUGAUUUUGAUCCUCUUGAGCACUUUGGCCAUUGGGACGGAGAUGAUACCGAAAGUGGCAUAGACGGAGAAGAAAACGAUCAGGAAAGGCCGAUGACUCCUGAAGAGGUGAAAAUAUGGGUUCGAACUAUGUGGGAAUGUAGGAACUUUUUGGAUAUUGCCUGA